AGCUCUACUUCCAACACACAGAUCUACCACCCAGGCACCGCCAACAGGUCUCCCAAGCAUAAGGAGCGUGUCGUACUCAAGCCCUUAAAUGACCACGUGUCCUCUACGACAAAUGAACCUCCUGUGAGAGUGUACAGCAGAGGCCGCGCUCGAAAGCCACCUCCUGAGAGAAAUGUUGCGGGCCGACAAGAAGACAUCGAUGAUACGACUAGUUCUUUAUUGGCGUCUAGACGACCCGAAGACACUGCUCGCCACGCCCAAACGCCUACACGCCACACAGACAGAAGUUACACAUCCAGUGGUCAAAGAACUAGAGGUCCCAAACCCGGAAGUCAACUACCUAUGGGUCAUACGCGAGCAGGUGACAGUCAGGCUGUGCCCGGAGUAUUGACCUGUCCGGAACAUAAUGGACUCUUCCCCUACAUACAGGACUGUUCAAAAUUCAUCAACUGCGCCAAUACACGUCCACACCUUCAGUCAUGCGGUCCAGGUACCCUCUUCAAUCUAGCUACCUCCACUUGCGACUGGCCACACGCUGUUACCUGUGCUACAGCAGAAGACGUGGACAUCACAGCCUCCCACACGUCGGACACACAAGGACCACCCCCCCACGCCAGAAAUAGACAAGAAACCCCCUCUCACGCCACGGACACACAAGGACCACCUCCCCACGCCAGAAAUAGACAAGAAACCCCCUCUCACGCCACGGACACACAAGGACCACCCUCUGGACCAAACAGAGGAGGUGGCAGAGGUUCAUCCGCGUGGUCUUUUCGUGAUGCUGUGUCAGAGAGUGCCAGGACAGCGGCAAAUUCAGUGGUCGGAAUCUUCAAUGACCUCAGGGAUAAGGUGGAAUGGACAUACCAGAAGACAAAGGACAAAGGAAAGAGACUCCUGAAGACGUUAGGACUAAAGGAUUCCAUUACUAUGUGUCCUAAGCCGAAUGGAAUCUUUCCUUAUCUCAAGGACUGCAGUAAAUUCAUCAACUGUUGGCGUGGACGGCCGAGCCUACAAAGAUGUGCCCCAGGGACGCUCUUCAAUUAUGCCAAGGGAAUCUGUGACUUCCCAUCCAAGACUGUGUGUUUCACGAGCAGAUCAUCAGUGAGGAGUGACACCGUCUCCUACGUGGUUCCUCCUUCAUCGGGUCAGAAGAUCAGGCUGCGGGGAGGUGAAGUACCCUGGGCCGGUUAUGUUCAGGUGAGUGGAGGACGAGGUGACUGGAGGAUGGUGACGGACACCCCUCACCUGUGGACCAGAGACGAGGCCUCCGUCGUCUGCAGGAGCCUCGGCUUUACCAGAGGAGCGGAGUCGGCAUCCCAGGGGCGUACCUUUGGCCCGGUGCCUGGAAGGAGUGCCGGAGUGCGCCGUGUGGAGUGUGAAGGACACGAGGAAAAUCUUCUACAUUGCCGGUUACGAUUAGGCACUCAAGAGGACCUCGAUAAGACCGCUGUCGGAGUAAGGUGUCUGAGGAACUGGGUGUCUGAGUGUGGUGAGAACGGGGUGCGAUGGGGGGACAAGUGCUACUACGUCGACACAUCCGUCCUGGUGACACACGCCCAAGCCAGAGAGUUCUGCUCUACCAAGGGUGCCAGGCUUUUGUCCAUCACCUCCCAGAAUGAGAGCGACUUUUUGUCGGAGUUGCUGGAAACACUGGCAAGGGACACUGUUGGCCUCCACACAGGCGGUGUCAGAACCCAAGUUUUCGGCGACACCUUCUGGUUGUGGCAGAAUUCUUCCACCCGACCCGCCCCAUCCCUCCCGUUCACCCUUUGGUGGCCAGGCUGGAAUGUGACGGUGGGCGUACAGCAAAACGGGAAUCAAAGAGUGACGGAUGAAGAUGUGAAGAAUGGCGAUGUGAUGAGCGAGGAGAGUGUGACUCAGUGUAUAGUGAUACGAGACAACUUCCCUAUCCAGCAGGGCGAGGGCAGCAACAAACGAACCACAGCCCCGGCCGAGUACUUCUUCUGGCAGCUAUCUGACUGUGCCCAGAAACUGCAUUUCGUGUGUGAGACUGAUAAAAUCGACGUUGGUUGCAUCGAAGAUCGAGGGAUGACUUACGCAGGCACAGCCAACAUUACUGUUGAUGGAGAACCUUGCUUACCAUGGAAAGACCCACAUGUUCAACCGAAGAUUAGAGAUUUUACUCAGACUCGCGGACUGACGAAUAACUACUGCGCAAAUCCAGACGGUGAUGACAUCCCUUGGUGUUUCACUUCAAUAGGAAGGGCUAACUUUUGCGAUAUUCCGAGAUGUGAACGAAAGGAGACACACCAUGAGAUCGUUGAGAAUGUGUGUCCCUCUCAUAUGUUUGCUUGUGCGUCAGGUGGCUGCAUCCAUCAAGAAUGGCAGUGCGACGGACAGAAGGACUGUAACGACAAUAGCGAUGAGCAGGAGUGCCAGGAUUACAGUGAGGAGUUCACCAAGCUUGCGAACCAUCGGCUGGUGGGGGAGGAGGUGGAGAAGUGGCUCUACACCCUCAGGGUUGCCUGUGCUGCCCGAUGUGUACAGGCCAAGAACUUCAUAUGUAUGUCCUUCAAUUAUGAACAGGCCUCUGAGACGUGCAUCCUGAGCAAAGGCAACGUGGGGUUGUCUGGGGGUUUAGUGUCUUCAGGAGGCUGGGAGUACCAUGAGAUGCGGAAACUAGUGGUGAACUGUAGCAACAUGUUCGUGUGUGGGGACGGGAAGUGCAUCGAUGCAGCCCAGAAUUGUGAUGGCCGACGGGACUGUAAGAAAGGAGAAGACGAAAUGGAUUGUGAGGACAAGGUCAACUUCGAGGUUAGGCUGGCCAAUGGGUCUGACGUGCAUGAGGGCCGCGUCGAGGUCAAAGCAUUCAGGCGUUGGGGAGGUGUGUGUCACGACAUGUGGGGAGAGCUUGAGGGGGACGUGGUGUGUCGGCAGCUGGGUUUCUCCCUCGGUGCCAGGGAAGUCUUGCUUAACUCUCACUUUGGGUCAAGCCGUGGGCAGUACUUGAUGGACGACCUGAACUGUCAAGGCAACGAAGCGUCGCUGGCUGAGUGUGACUUUGGUGGCUGGGGAGUGCAUGAUUGUCAGGCCUCCGAGGGAGCAGGCGUACGCUGCUACAAAGUUGGAGACGAGUGUAGUCGUGAACAGUGGCAGUGUAGCAACGGACGAUGCAUCGGGCUGCCCUACCUUUGUGACACCGUCGACGACUGUCACGACGGGUCUGAUGAGGAGAGGGGGAUGUGUCAGGCUCCAUUGGAAGUGCGCUUGGUGGAUGGUAAAGAUAUGGAAGAAGUAGCAAGAGGAGAGGGGGAGUUGAAGAAGAGGCAGGGCAGGGUAGAGGUGCGUUACCUGGGCAUCUGGGGCACGGUUUGUGAUGAUGAUAUCACUCUAGAGGAGGGACACGUUCUGUGUCGAAUGAUGGGCUGGGCUGGGGCCUCUCACGUGUACAAGAACAAUUCCUUCGGGGCAGGAGUUGGUAUGGUGUGGCUGGACGACGUGAAGUGUCUGGGCUACGAGGCCUCCGUCGUGGACUGUCAGCACCUACCGUGGGGCCAGACCAACUGUGACCACACUGAGGAUGUCGGUCUUCAAUGUUCCGACGUCCCAAUUACUUCGACAGACACUACAGACAGCGUCCCUCCUGACGGGCCACUGCCGGAGUCGCUGCCGUCAACGUGUGGUUUGAGGGAGGUAGAUGAUAACCCAACCACAUCCAUCGUAGCCAGAGUGGUGAGCGGUCACACCCCCCCACCAGGUGCUCACCCAUGGAUGGUGGCCAUCAACCUGUUAACGCGUACAGGGCCUACCCAGUGGUGCGGAGGAGCUGUGUUGGGGGAGGAAUACGUCCUGACUGCGGGUCACUGUGUCUUCAAGUACCCGGCCACCACCUACCUCCUCAAAAUCGGAGACUUUAAUACUCAUGAAGAAGAGGAGGAAGAGCAAGAGUUUCGUGUGUCGGCUGUGGUCCUGCACCCAGAGUACGACAAAGGUCCAUACCUCAACAACGACAUCGCCUUGCUGAAGGUAGAGAAGAAAAACGGGCGAGGCAUUCAGUUUGGUAGGUUCGUGCAGCCCCUGUGUAUGGUUCCCUCCAGAUGGAAGUACCCCCCUUACCUCAACUGCACCGUGGCAGGAUGGGGUAGCUUGGGUGUCACGCUUGGGUACUCGAAAGUCCUACAAUCAGCUCUUCUACCCAUCCUGCCAGAAGAGACAUGCGAGGCGGACCACGUAUACGGCCCGGCUCGUCUUACACAGGGAAUGUACUGUGCUGGCCACAUGGAGGGCGGGAUAGACACCUGUCAGGGCGACUCUGGUGGGCCAAUGGUCUGCUUCGUUGAGGGUCGCUACACCGCCGUAGGAAUCACCAGCUGGGGGCACGGUUGCGCUAGACCCAACAAACCUGGCGUCUAUACCAAGCUCUCGCGGUAUAUACCCUGGAUCUACUCCAACAUGAGGUAAAUUAAUCGUCUUCAACUACCUGUACUUCAACGUGGGGCGAUUAACUGUCCACCAUUUCUAUCAUUCCAACUUCCUGCAACUUCUACCCCAAUAUCGACAAGCUCUGAUAACUACCACUUAGCCCCUUCCAACCUGGGAUAGUCAACCAUCUACUUAUACGUUUACUUCAACAUGGACCAACUCAACUAUCUACUAUCACAGUUACUCCAGUCUAAACUAGUUCAGCGAUUAAGAAAUGGACUCUCUUGGCAGUAUGAAUAAAUUUUCAAUUGCCAAAAAUAAUAUAGCCAGAAAUUAACUCCUAUGAAUUAAAACUUCCAAACUAUGCAGCUGUACUUCACAUUAUAUCGUCACUGUCUGUUUAAUAAAUUGUAUUUUUAAAA